GGCAGCGAAGUGGCAACAUUUUGAGGGCGCGACAAGCAAUAGCCAGAGACUCAAAGCAAAGAUCCAUACGUGGAGCUGGAUGCAUGGCUGACUUGCGGUAAAUUGGUGUUCGUGCCUGCUCGUGCGGUUAGUCGUUCGUUUGACGGUUCCGGAGCGCGUUUGUGUUAGCGGAAGAGCGCAAAUUAAAAGAAUCUUUUGUUUGAGGGCUGAAGAAAAAUUUACGAAAAGUGAAAAAUUUUCGUGCGAGUAUAGAGAAAACAUAUGUUAUAUGUACAUACAGGGUUUAAAAUCAUUUUAAAUUGAAAAAUAAGUAAAAAAAUAUGUAUUGAAAAAACUGUGCAACAUUCCCUAUUAGAUAACCUAUUAACUGCUGACAAACACUUUUCCGUGAUUUUUGUACAACUUACAACAAGCUAACUACAUAGAUACAUACAUACAUACAUACAUGCAUUCAUAAGCUAGUGAUGUGAAAAGCGACAAAAAAAACCAAAACGGGGGAAUUAUAAAAAUUAAAUAAAAUUGUGAAAAGUGACAAAGUGUCAACGCCGCUGGUGACAUUUAGUCUGUCUAGUGCAAAAAUUGUGAAAUUGUGCACGCAUACACAUCCAAACGAGCGAAAUUGCAAGCCUGCGGUUCAGGCAACUUUUGACGCGUGUGCUGUAGCCUGAUGAUCUCCCUUGCUGGCAGUGCGUGCGUUUGUGUGUCUGUCUAUCUGUCUGCCUGGCGUGUUCUUCGCACUUAAUUAAUGUCAAGUGGGCAUCACUUGCAUUAUGCAAUUUAAAACGACAAGUAGCUUCGCGGACGCAAACAGCAGCCACACUACUACUACUACUACCACUACUACUGCCGUGAACAACAACAAAAACAGCAACGCAAGCAAUUAUAGCGAGCGCAACAGGGCCAACAGCAGCAGCAGCAGCAGCAGCACCACUACCAGCUGCAACAACAAAGUUGUCACAAAGUGUCGUGAUUUUGCGCUGAUGUACGCGCAACUACUCGCGAAAGACUCACAGCAGCAGCAAGAACGACAACAACAACAGCAACAACAACAAAAGCAGAAGCAAUUUGAGUACAAAAUGCAAAUUACACCAAAUGCGGAAGUUAAGUGCAUUUGCGCGUCACCACACUACGGCAACAACAACAACAACAAUACCAGCAACACAAAACUUACCCCACACAUAACAGCAACAACAAAAACACUAGCUAAAGCACCAGCAGUAGCGACAGUAGCUUGCAACUUGGCAGCUGCCACAAUCCCAACAGCAAUGACUGAUGACAGUGGGUGUUGCAAAUGUGUAGCCAGCAAUAUGCAACGUUGUGGCAAAGAUGUUGAUUACAUUCCCGCUCUUGGCGGCGCUGCGGUAGCGUGUACCAACGUACGUGCCACGCCAACACAUUAUUGCCAACCAUACACUGACAGUCUUAACAAAAACAAUAAUAACAAUAACCACACAUGUGCAGUCGACUGUAAAGACAAUUUUGUGGCAAGUGAAAGUGCGUCAAAAGAUUGCAAACAUUCCGCAGUGAUUAGAAAUAGUAACGAGGGGAAGGGCAAUUUGCUAACACUUGCAACAGCAGCUGGAGCGAAGGCGUCAACGAGAACAACAAUGCGCACAACGUCGCACUUUGGCAGCUGGAAAAAUCUAUCUACUAUACUGAUAUUCUUGUUUUGCUUUGCGUGGCAUG